AUGGAGGGCUAUUCGCCAGAGCUACUAGACACUGAUACGGUGAAGGAGGUGGAGACGCUUAUGCCUCAACUAUCUCUACAUGACAGGGCCAUAAUCCAGGACAAGAUAUGGAGACGGAAGAUCUUCAGACAAUUAGAGUCUGAUGAAGAUCGUGCCCAGAUAUUAGACAGAAUUACUCGAGUCAGUGGGAGGGUACUAUCAUUCUAUACCUUCACCAGAGAUUUCAUCUAUUUUGAGGCCUGUAUGGUCACUCUCAAAAGCUUGCAACCUGAGGGGUAUGGUGGAAGUAUGCUUGGGGGGUUUUCGGAAUGUUAUACGCGAGAUCAAGCUGGCUCAUAUAACGUUCAAGUUGCCGAAGACAGAUUUGAACGUCAUGACGAACAUGAGGACAGCAUGAAUAUAUGCUAUCGACAGCUUUUCCUUGCCACCAUGCGUGACUUUCCGACUCUUACCAACCUCAGGCCCUAUCAAGAUGACAAAAAGGGGAAGGUCAAGCCAUCUGGGGUUGAGUCAGAAAGACUUAUCAACCUAGCCCAGUUAGCUGUCAAGCUGGGUUUCAAGAAUGAGCAGAUUUUAACCUUGCACACACAAGCUGCGGUUGACCGAUAUCGAAUCGUCACUCAAGAGUUUCUCAACCAGCUGCAGCCUCUGGAUCGAUAUCAUGUUGAUACCGAGACUAACAUAAGCAUCGCUCGGAACGUGUCCGAUAGAAUCAGCAACUCGGCUAUUCAAAUGUCUGUAGAAGAAGCAAAACUCACUACGGACCUAGAAAAUCUACCAAAGAAAUUUCGUUGUAGUCGACCAUCUUACAAGAGGUACCUAAGCGAUCGACAGCUCUUAUUUCUCGGAAACAUCUACCAACAAGAAAUGAUUCCAAGGUCAUAUGCCACCUCAUUUGCAAUACAGCGCGAUAUAUUUCUCUCAUUCUUCGGCGAAACCAAUCCAUAUUUUGAGGCAGCAGAAGAUGAGUUAUUUAGUAGCUCUGAUUCUCCUGAAAAUAACAAUAAUUCCGAGGGAUGUGUUACACAGUAUUGGGGAAACGAAGGAAGCGACACAAAUGAGCAUGAGCGCCAAGGACAACAAAAUGAGGCUCAAAAUGAAACGGAACAUCAGGUGCAUGAGUAUUAUGGAGGUUUUCAGCCGAAUUUAAGUGAAAGUGUCGAGAGCGAUGAUCCAAUAAGCCAGCCACAAGCGCAUCAAUCAAGAGCCGAUUCCUGGGAAACCCGCUCCAUAUCAACACUAUCGAAUUUCUGGGCUGUGGAUGAUCAAUUAAAGUCACUUAGCCCCUCAACAAUUCCUUCGGUCUUUAUCAAUGACGUACUUUCGAAAACUGGGGAUAUCUUGCUCUAUUCCUGGCAAACCAGGCAGUACGCGCAGUUGUCAAGCAGGCCCCAAGAUGAACAUUUAUUUCAUACAAAGGUGCAGCUACUGGCACACCAGCAUCAAAUGUUCAUAUCAAUAGGUCGUGAUAGGCCACGCCUAGUCCUUUUUAAAAACCUCUACGAUGUGGCGAUGCGUGAAAAGUUGAUUCUAGUCGGACCAAAACAUGAUCGAAUGGGGUUGAGUAGCAAUCUAAUGUCUCAAUUUCAGAAUGGUGUUUUUGAUUUUCUUGAUAGUUUCAACUUGCACGAAUAA